AUGGCUUGCGCCCUGAGUCCCCCACCACCAGCAGUGAGCCGCCCUGAGUCCCCCGCAGAGAACCCCGAGCCGGGCAGCCUGGCCCAGCCAGCUCAGCCUGCGUACUGCAACCUCGGGGAGGUCCGCGCCCAUCUGAUGCCCUUCAAGGCCUGCCGGUCCCACACCCCCAGGUCCCUCUCCUCCUCCGGCCCCCAGCCCCCACCCCUGCCCAAGAAGAACCUGACCCGGAUGCAUGCCGGCCACGGCUUCCGCCUGCUGGAGCGCACACCCUGCGCAGAGAGCGAAGACGCCCUCUACUACCGCGUGGUGCGCAUGGGCGAAGACGCGUGGCACAUGCUGGCGGCCAAGGUGCCCAAGCCUGGAGCAGAGAUGCCCCGGGAGUGGAGCCUGGAGCUCCAGGCUUCCCUGCCCCCGCAUUACAAUGUUCAGGGAUUGUGUGGCCUAAUGCCGGAGGGCGCACUGGCUGGAGCACCCUGGACUGGUCGGGUGGUGCUGGCCGUCGAGGUGCCUGAGCGCACAGUGGCCCAGUGGCUGGCAGAGUUGGGUGUGCGGCGGUCAGAGAAGCUUGUGUGGGCCGUGGCCUUCACCGUACUGCAGCUGAGCGCAGCCUUGGAGCUCCUGGAGAAGCAGGGCGCCGCCGUGACUGAGCUCCGCCCCGAAAACCUGCUCAAAGUCCGAGGAUUCAGCAGAUGGUACUGGGGUGUGACGCAGCCCUACGUGACCUGGACCCGGCGCCUCACCAAGAGCACUGCUUGCCCCUUGGGUGCUAACACCAGUUACCAUCUCCAUGAAGUGGACACUGGCCUUCCAUUAACAGCACUGAGGGGGCAAGCGGGUGCAAACGAUGACCACCAGUCUGCCAACUAUGGUAUGCUGCCCACGACUUUCACCACCAUCACACAGGACCAGGGCCCUCUCCUGCCCAUACUGCCCAUGGCUCCCCAGAACUCUCAGAAAAGCGGGUCUCCUCCUAGGACUGUGGACUCCUAG